AUGAAGAGGAUGAGAUCGAAGGCGUGGUUUUAUAGAGCGCUUUUGGUUCUGCUUCAACUAGAUCCGUUCCUUAAUGAACUGACGAGCAUGUUCGAGCGAAGCACUGAGAAGGGCUCUGUUUGGGUUACUCUUAAACGAUCCUCCUUAAAGUCUAAAGUGCAGGGGAAUAAAUUGGCUUCUGCUGGUGAAACAAUUGAGUAUAGAUGUCUCAUUCGCGCUACUGAUGUGAAAAAGACGAUUUCUACUUCAGUUUGUGUCUUACCUUUUCAAACUUAAUAUUUUCACUUGUCUUUGCCCUCUGGUGAAACAAUUUAUAGUUGUUGUUUGAAUUCAAAAAUUAAAAGGAUCGAGUGGGUUAGGAUCCACGCCCACGUGUGGGCAACGCUUAGGAGUGAGAAAAAGAACACUGAUACCGAGGUGGUUUUGUCGGGAUUGUGACCCGUGAGAGAGCGAUGCCGCUGUCUGUCCCCCCCAUCCACAACUCCCAUUCAUAACCCCAGUGGAGGAGACCAGACCCUCAAUCCUCAUCAAUGCCUUUCAAAUAAAAAAUCCAUUCUUUCAUGUUUUCUGCCUUCUCGGAUCCCAACCUCUGAUUUAUUUCUGAUUUCUGGAACCACUCUCUAACGCUAAUAGUAUAUCAUGUUCCUGUUACUAUUAUAAUAAUAAUAAUGGGGUUUCUUGUAUGGUUGUAUCAUUAGCUACUGGAACGAGACUAGGUUCAAUGACGUGGUCAGGUCUUUGGAAUGGAAAUGAGUGGGGAUUUGGGAGGACGUAGAUAUGGCAGCAGCCAUGAUAAUGAUGACGCUGGAUCAGUGAGGUGAUAGGAAUGGCACUGACUUACUUUGCAUUGAAAUGCUGUCGUGUUUCAGUUCUUUCCAACCCUACCGAGCCUUUGAACCGAGCUUUUUAAGCCCCAGAGGGUGCAUUGUAUGAUUGUAUCCAGUAUCUCUGAGGACAAAAGUCAAACGGUUCCUGUUCCAUAUAAUGUUGCCAUGUUGGGUUAGGUAGCUGGCUUUGAUUGUCAUGUUUUACCGUGAAUGAAGACCACUGGC